AUGGCCAAAUUUGUGAUCGCGGGUAAAGCCAACUGUCCAUAUUAUGCUAAGGCAGAACUUCUGGCAGACUAUUUACAAAAGAAUCUUCCUGACUUUCGGAUUUUUAAGAUCACGCAACAUCCUGACACGUGGGAGGAUUGGCUGGAAGAUGUUUGUGAAAGGAAUAUGUGGGACCACAGAACCUCCCCCAUUAUCUGGAGAGAGUUGCUGGAUCGUGGAGGCAAGGGCUUGCUUUUGGGAGGAUAUAAUGAGUUCCUGGAACAUGCCCAGCUUUACUAUGGUGUCACUUCCAACAUGACGACAGAGUUGAUGAUGGUCAUCGCUAAAGAGAACAUGCAGACACAUACAGAACAAGAGUUGGAUAAAGAAAACAUGAAAGAUCUCAUCAGUCCCUUGCAGGUCUGGAUUGCCAGUGCAGGUACUUAUGUGUGUUGCCACUUAAUUCCCCUCUUGCUGAGUGGGGAAGUGUUUGGGAUGCACUCGGAGAUCAGCCUGACCCUGUUUGACCAGGAGAAAAGGGAAGACUGCCUGAGAAACAUAGUGAUGGAAACCCAGGACUUGGCCUCGCCAGUCCUCCGCACUGUCUCCUUCUGCACUACGGUAAAGGAGGCCUUCCUUCAGGCCCAAGUCAUCAUCAUCCUGGACGACAGCACAGAUGAGGAAGUGUACAGUCUGGAGAGCUGCCUCCGAAGCAAGGUGCCAAUGUGCCGCCUCUAUGGUUACCUGAUAGAGAAAAAUGCUCACAAAUCUGUCAAGGUCAUCGUGGGAGGGAAAACCUUUGUGAAUCUGAAAACAGCUUUGCUGGUGCAAUAUGCCCCUACCAUCGCAAGCAACAUCGUUGCAGUGGCUCUCGGGGUAGAAGGCCAAGCAAAAGCAGUGCUGGCCCGAAAGAUGAAAACAACUUCAGCCAGCAUCAAAGAUGUGAUAAUCUGGGGCAAUAUCACUGGAAAUAACUACGUUGAUCUGAGGAAAGCAAAAGUUUACAACUAUGAGAGCGCUGUUAGGGGGCCACCUGGGUAUUAUCACUCUGUGUUAAGCUCAAUUUUUGACAGAGAGUGGAUAACGAAAGAAUUUGUGCAGACGCUUCAAAACUUGAGCAGCACUGGAAAGCAAUUUGGAGGCAUUUUGGCUGCACACAGCAUAGCCACCACCCUGAAGUACUGGUAUUAUGACUCACCACCUGGAGAGAUCGUUUCCUUGGGUGUAAUGAGUGAGGGCCAGUUUGGCAUUCCUGAGGGGAUCGUCUUUUCUAUGCCAGUGAAAUUUGAGAAUGGAACUUGGGUGGUUCUUACUGAUCUUGAAGACAUUUCGCUUAGUGAGAAGAUACUAAACAGGCUCACGGGUGAUCUGAUUCAGGAGAAACUUGUUGCAUCUGGAGACGUAUUAACUUUUCAGCCAAUUGAAGAAGAUCCCAAAGAUAAUGAGCCUUCUAAUACAGGCCUGAAUGAAGAAAAAGAACAAGCUGGGUCUGAAGACUCUGAGGGAAAAAAUGAGGACCAAUAA